CCUGGCUCCCUCUCCCAGUCUGUCUCAGUGCUGCCGAGUAGGCCAAGUCCAAGUCCUGCCCAGGGCGGGGCCGCUCCUCGCAGUCCCGGCCAGGGUGCAGCAGAGCGCGGAGGACUGCGGCGCAGGCAGCAGCACAGGACUCAGCAAAGUACAGGGCGCGGAGAGGGUGAGUCCUGACAGCAAGAUGCUGCUCUUGGGGUCCAAGGCGCUGCUGCUUCUCACUGCCCUCCUUGCCCCCUCUGGCUGGACACUCCCAGGCGUCAGCGGUCAGCGAGGAGAUGAUGUGACUGAAGAAACAUUCACAGAUGAUCCUAACCUGGUGAACGAUCCUGCUACAGACGAAACAGUUCUGGCUGAUAUCGAGCCUCCCACAGAUGAACUGGUUUUGGCCAGUGAUAAAAACACCACCUCAGAGUGCCGGGAUGAGAAGUUCGCUUGCACACGACUGUACUCCGUGCACCGGCCAGUCAGGCAGUGCGCCCACGAGGUCUGCUUCACCAGCUUACGGCGCAUGUACAUCAUCAACAAUGAAAUCUGCUCCCGGCUCGUCUGUAAGGAGCAUGAAGCCAUGAAAGAUGAGCUGUGCCGGCAGAUGGCCGGUCUGCCCCCCAGGAGACUCCGCCGCUCCAACUACUUCCGCCUGCCGCCCUGUGACGAUGUGAAUUCGCAGAGGCCCCGUGGUCUGUGAUCGCCAAGGAAGACGAAAGCCAGAAAAAUGGGAAUUCUGCUUCUCCACGGUCCGCUAAUCCAGAGACUUCAGUAUUUCUUAAGCUGAUCCUCUUAUAAUUUUCCCCCUUUGCCCCUACUCCCUAAUUUUUUAGAGACCCGUAACAUUUAUCUCAGAUUUCAGUAUUUUAUAUGUAACUGUUGCAUAAUUUUGCUGCUUCCCAAUAUCAUAGGCAUAGUGGAUAUAUGAUGACCACCUGGCUGCUUCUACAUACUGUUUUCAGGAGAGAAACAUAU